UGGUAAAUUUUCAAUUUACACCCCAUUUUACGAUCCAAAGCAAGUUCAUCUUCUUCUUCCUCUCUGAUUCAAACACAUUAACAUAACACUGGUGCGAGAGAGAUACUAAACAAACUAGAAGUUGAAUUCACAUGUCAAAGAUUCAGAUCACGCCGGCGGCACCGCUGUCGCGGUUCGGCGUGUUAGUGGCGCAACUGGAAUCCAUAGUUUCUUCAUCUGCUCACAAAUCUCCGGAGCCACUUCUCUGCUUCGAUCUCCUCUCCGAUCUCAUUUCCGCCAUUGACGAGGACACUAAGGAAAAUAUUUUGGUGUGGCAAAGGAGAUGCGAGGAUGCAUUAUACUCCUUACUUGUUAUUGGUGCAAAACGGCCUGUGCGUCACCUGGCAUCGGUAGCGAUGGCAAAGAUCAUAUCCAAGGGAGAUGGAAUAUCGAUUUACUCUAGAGCAAGCAGCCUUCAGGGAUUUCUUUCUGAUGGGAAGAGGAGCGAACCUUUGAAGAUUGCUGGUGCUUCACAAUGCUUGGGAGAAUUGUAUAAGCACUUUGGCAGAAGAAUUACUUCAGGUUUGCUCGAAACAACGAACAUAGCAGCUAAACUUAUGAGAUUCAAUGAGGAAUUUGUAAGACAAGAAGCAUUAUAUAUGCUUCGGAAUGCUUUAGAAGGCUCUGGCGGUAGUGCUGCUUCAACAGCAUAUUCAGAGGCAUUUCGUCUUAUAAUGAGGUCUGCCGCUGGGGACAAGUCUUUUGCUGUGAGAAUAGCGUCCGCAAGAUGUUUGAAGGCAUUUGCUAGCAUUGGUGGUCCAGGCUUAGGUGUGACAGAACUCGACAAUUCAGCAUCUUAUUGUGUCAAGGCUCUUGAAGAUCCUGUUGCAUCUGUCCGUGACGCCUUUGCUGAAACUUUGGGUUCUUUGCUUGCUCUUGGAAUGAAUCCUGAGGCACAGAUUCAACCAAGGGGAAAGGGCCCUUUACAUCAAGCAAAAAAGCUAGAAGGUGGAUUGCAGAAGCAUUUGAUUUUGGCUUUCACAAAAGCUAGUGGAGUACGUUCAAGGCAAGUCCGGGUUGGCCUGACUCUAUCUUGGGUAUUCUUCUUACAGGCAAUUCGUAUAAAAUAUCUGCAUCCAGAUAGUGAGCUGCAAAAUUAUGCAUUGCAAGUUAUGGAAAUGCUUCGUGCUGAAACUACGGUUGAUGCCCAUGCAUUGGCAUGUGUUCUUUAUGUCCUUCGUGUUGGUGUAACAGAUCAAAUGACUGAACCUACUCAGAGGGAUUUUUUGCUUUUUCUUGGAAAGCAGCUCCAGUCACCUGAAGCUUGUCCUUCUAUGAUGGUGGCAGCAUUACGAACAGUGUCAUAUACUCUGAAGACUUUAGGAGAGGUUCCCUUUGAGUUUAAGGAAGUUCUUGACAACACUGUAGUUGCUGCGGUGUCACAUUCUUCGAAGCUGGUUCGGAUUGAAGCUGCUUUAGCAUUACGUGCAUUGGCUGAAGUUGAUCCAACUUGUGUCGGUGGUUUAACUUCAUAUGGGGUGACCAAUCUUACUGCUUUAAGAGAGAGUGUUUCUUUUGAAAAGGGUAGCAGUUUACAGUUUGAGCUUGAUUCUUUGCAUGGGCAGGCUACUGUCUUGUCUGCUUUAGUCUCUAUUUCACCAAAAUUACCUCUUGGUUACCCAGCAAGGCUUCCCAGAUUAGUGUUUGAGGUUUCAAAGAAAAUGCUCAUAGAAUAUAGUCGCAACCCGUUGGCAGCGACAGUUGAAAAAGAAGCUGGGUGGUUGCUUUUAUCAUCUUUAUUGGUUUCUUUACCAAAGGAGGAGCUUAAAGAGGAUGUCUUUGAUAUUCUUGCAUUGUGGGCUACACUCUUUGCAGGGAAUCCAGAAAAUGAAGUUACAAAAACUGAUGAUUUAAUGUCAAGGAUAUACGUAUGGUCUGCAGCUGUUCAUGCACUUACAGCGUUUAUAAAAUGCUUUAUAUCUUCGGAUGUUCUUAAUGACAGAGUUCUACUUCAGCCAGUUCUUGUAUACCUUAACAGUGCAUUAUCAUACAUAUCCGCAUUAAAAGCCAAGGAACUUCCAUAUGUGAAGCCAGCAGUGGACACUUUCAUCAUCAAAACUUUAAUAGCUUACCAAUCUCUCCCAGAUCCUGGCUCAUUUAAAAAUGACCACCCUCAGAUUAUUCAACUAUGUACAUUUCCGUUCAGACAUGCUUCAGAAUGUGAAGAAAGUUCGUGCUUGAGGAUGCUGUUAGACAAAAGAGAUGCAUGGUUGGGUCCCUGGAUUCCUGGAAGGGAUUGGUUUGAAGAUGAGCUCCGAGCUUUUCAAGGUGGAAAAGAUGGCAUCAUGCCCUGUGUAUGGGAGAAUGAAAUUUCUAGCUUUCCUCAGCCGGAGACAAUAAGCAAGACUUUGGUGAACCAGAUGCUUCUUUUCUUCGGGAUCAUAUUUUCUUCUCAGGAUAGUGGCGGUAUGCUGUCCCUCCUUGGUGUUAUUGAGCAGUGUCUAAAAGCUGGGAAAAAACAACACUGGCGCACAUCUAGUAUCACCAAUAUUUGUGUGGGCUUACUUGCAGGGUUUAAGUCUUUGCUUUCUUUUCGACCACAAACAUUAGGACAAGAGAUUUUGGGUUUGGUGCAAUCUAUUUUUCAGAAUAUUUUGGUGGAGGGAGACAUUUGUGCAUCGCAACGUAGAGCAUCUUCUGAGGUUCUUGGAUAUUUAGCUCGAUUUGGAAAUGAUAUCUUCACUGCUAGAAUGACUAGAUCUCUACUUGGUGACCUAACUGGAGCAACUGAUUCCUACUAUGCUGGAUCAAUUGCUUUGGCACUUGGCUGCAUUCAUCGCAGUGCAGGAGGGAUUGCAUUGUCAACUUUAGUUCCUGCAACAGUGAGCUCUAUUUCCUCACUGGCUAAAAGUUUGGUACCUAAUCUGCAGAUCUGGUCUAUGCAUGGGCUUCUUUUAACUGUUGAAGCUGCAGGCUUGUCCUUUGUUUCUCAUGUCCAGGCGACACUUUCUCUUGCAAUGGACAUCCUUUUAUCUGAUGAGAAUGGUUUGGCAGACGUUCAGCAGGGAGUUGGCCGCCUUAUAAAUGCUAUCGUUGCUGUUCUUGGUCCUGAGCUUGUACCGGGAAGCAUCUUUUUCACACGCUCCAAGUCUGCCAUUGCUGAGAUAAGCUGCUGGCAAGAAACUUCAACAAUGCUUGAGAGUGCACGCUUCACUCAACAACUUGUUCUUUUUGCACCGAAAGCUGUUUCUGUGCACUCCCAUGUGCAGUCUCUUCUCUCUACAUUGUCAUCAAGACAGCCAACUUUACGCCUUCUUGCUGUGUCUACUCUAAGACAUCUAAUUGAGAAAGAUCCGGCUUCCGUUAUUGUUGAGAAGAUCGAAGAUAACCUGUUCUUUAUGUUGGAUGAGGAAACUGAUUCAGAAAUUGGUAACUUAGUGCGAACCACAAUUAUGCGAUUACUCUAUGCAUCAUGUCCUUCAUGUACUUCACAUUGGAUAUCAGUAUGUCGCAAAGUGGUCCUUGCAACGUCAAUGAGGAACACUGAAAUUAAUAACAACGCAGAAAAUGAUUUUUCAGAUGGUGAUUCAAGGUUGAACCAUAAUGAUGAAGAAAAUAUGGUCUCUGGCUCGAACAACACACAGGAUUACAAGUUUCAAGCUUCCACCGGUACAGCUAAUAGAGAAAAGUACCUCAGAUAUAGAACUAGACUUUUUGCUGCAGAAUGUUUGAGCCAUCUACCAGAUGCUGUAGGAAGAAAUCCUGCUCAUUUUGACCUCUUUUUGGCAAGGAAAGAACAUGCAGGUGGGAAUUCCCUUGGUGAUUGGCUAGUUCUCCACUUGCAAGAGUUAAUAUCACUUGCUUAUCAGAUUAGCACAAUUCAAUUUGAGAACAUGCAGCCAGUAGGUGUCGGUCUUCUUGGCACUAUUGUAGAUAAGUUUGAAAAGGCAGCUGACCCUGAGCUUCCUGGGCAUCUUCUACUUGAACAGUAUCAGGCCCAACUUGUAUCUGCAGUUCGUACCACUUUGGACACAUCUUCUAGUCCUAGCUUAUUGGAGGCAGGCUUGCACUUGGCUACCAAGAUAUUAACAAGUGGAAUAAUCAGUGGAGAUCAAGUGGUGGUCAGGCGCAUAUUUUCUUUGAUUUCACGCCCACUGAAUGACUUUGAGGAUAUUUAUUAUCCUUCGUUUGCGGAAUGGGUCACAAGCAAGAUCAAAAUAAGGCUUCUGGCUGCUCACGCUUCUCUCAAGUGUUAUAUAUAUGCAUCCAUGAGGAAACACCAAGAUGGAGUUCCAGAUGAGUACCGGACACUAUUGCCACUGUUUCAAAAGAGCUCGAGUGUUCUAGGGAAGUACUGGAUCCACACAUUGAAGGAUUAUAGUUAUAUAUGUUUGUGCCUGAGUCCAAAGAGGAAGUGGAAUCUGUUUCUUGAUGGGCUGCAAUCACCUAUUGUUUCUUCAAAGUUACGCCCAUGCUUAGAUGAAUCUUGGCCAGUAAUUUUACAAGCACUUGCACUCGACUCAGUUCCAGUGAAUUCUGAAGGAAAUGAUUGCACAAAAGCCUCAACCAAAAACACCGACAAACAUAGUGCCGCUACAUGUCAGUAUAGCAUGGUCCAAUUGAAGUUUGAAGAUUUUAAGUUCCUAUGGGGAUUUUCUCUUCUUGGUCUGUUUCAGUCACAACAUCCUAUCCUGUGCAAACCAAUUAUACAGUUGGGUUUUGUUAAUGCAAAGCAUGGUGGGAACUCCCUAAGCGAUGAAGUGAAACCGCCAGGCUUGAAAUUAUACGAAAUUGUACUACCUAUGUUUCAAUUUCUUUCAACUGAGAGUUUUUUUGGAGCGGGACUGCUUAACGUGGAUAUUUGUAAAGAACUGCUGCAGAUUCUUUCAUAUUCCACAUACAUGGAUAAUUCUUGGAAUAGUCUUGCGAUAUCAAUUUUAUCACAGGUUGCACAGAAUUGCCCAGAAGAAAUUUUCAAUAGUGAAAACUUUUCUUUGAUAACAAUGGAACUUUGCUUGCACUACCUUUUUAAAAUAUUUCAUAGAGCUGACACAAUUUUAGUGAAUCAUCCAAACUCCGAAGUAAAUGUUAUACAUACGCUGUGCAGCUCAACAAAGGCAGUUAUUAACCAUAUUGAGACCAAGAUGACCCAGCAUCCAAAAUCGACGGUUCUGGCAUUAGUUUUAGUUGCCUACAAGUGUGUUAGGGAGGCUUCAACUGAGGUUUACUUAUCAGAAGCUAUUGACAUGGUCAACUGUACAAUUCCUUUGUUAAAGAGAAUACGUGAUGAUGAGGCUGCGCUGGAUGAUAGCAUUCUCCCUCUAAGAGAAAUGUUUGAGACUCUUCUGAGUGUGGUUGCUGCUUUGACAAAGUAUGGAAUUGAGGAAUUCCAUUUGCAGGAGGUUAAGAGUUUAAACCACCACCAGAAACUAAUACAUGCAAAGCUUGUAUUUUCUCUUGAACAAAUCAUAUUAAUUGCGAAACUGGCUCUUGAAAGCAAAAAUGUUGAAGAUUGUGAAGCAAGCAAAUCCAUCCGUGUUAUUGCACUGAGAUAUUGCAUUCGAUGUUUCCGAACUCUACUCGGUGAUUCAAAUAUGCAGGUCCAAGUUAUAGGUUUGCAAUUUCUUAAAGCUAGGAUUCAAAGAGGUGCGAAUACAGAAGAUAACUCAUUCUUAAUGUUUCUAUCUGGGGAGUUAAUUACUGAUAUAUUCUCUUUGAUCCACAAAAUGUUGAAGAAUACUAUAACGAGAGAGUCGGUAAACAUUGCUAGUGAAUGUUUAAGUCUCAUGGUGGUGUUACAAACCCUAGCUAAAGGUAAUGACUGCCAGAGAAGUUUUAUGGCCCUACUUCUGGAGGCCAUUGUCACGAUUUUCUUGUCAACAACAGAUGGAUUCUCUCCGGCAAUAAGUGAUUUAAGAAGCACAGCCAUUAAGCUUGUUUCUCACCUUGCUCAAAUUCCCUCAUCAGCCAUGCAUUUCAAGGACGUUUUACUAUCAAUGCCUCCACUGCACCGCCAGGAACUUCAGGGGGUCAUACGAGCUUCUGUAACACAUGAUAAAAAUCAAACAGAACAUAAAGUACCAGUUUUGGAUAUUAAAAUGCCGAAGCCAGCGGCAGGAAUUGAAGAGAAACACCCCACACCUUCAGCUGCUGUGAUACAAUCAGACGAGAAUAAUGAGGAAGAAGAUGAAGUCAGUGAAGAUGAUUGGGAUGCUUUCCAGUCUUUUCCUGUGUCUAAAAAUGAAGCUGGAGAGGAUUCAAAAACAGAUGAUUCUCCCGAAGACAAAUAUCAUAGCGUGGUUGAAAGAUCAGAUAUGGAAGGCUCUACUGGAGAUGUUGAGUUUCAAGAAUCUGCUAGUUCCAAAUCUGUCAUUAGUGAAAAGGAGAUGAAAAGUAAUGAAAGCUCGGAAGCUUUCAAAGAGAAACAUGCUCAAACUGAUCCGGGAGCUAACGAGACACAUGAUAAUGAGCACCAAGAGACAGAGGAAGAAUUGCAAAGCUCUGGACUUCAAGAAGUGGCAUCAUCAAUCUCAGUAAAUGAACUAGACCCUUGUGAUCAGAAGUCUGAGUUAGAAGCUGAAGAAUCAGUUGAAGUGGAUGUGCUUGAACAAAUAGUAUCAGGAUCUCCGGCACUUCAACAGGGUGUUUCGGAAUCAGAUAAUAAUGAACAGUGUAACAGAGGUGAAGAAGAUGCUAAGAAAGACAAUGUGGAUGAAAAGGAGAGUUUUGACUCUAAGAAAGGAAUGUUUGAAAGUCCAGUAGAAAGGGAGCAUCAAGGGAUGGAGGAAGAAUCGCAAAGCUCUGGGAUUCAAGAAGAGGCAUUAGCAAUCCCAGGAUAUGAGCUAGUUUCUUUUGAUCAGAAGCCUGAGGUAGAAGCUGAAGGAUCAAUUGAAAGGGAUGUUCCUGAACAGUUAGUAUCAGAUUCUCUGGAAGUUCAACGGGGGGUUCUUGAGUCCGAUAAUAUUGAACAGUGUAGCAGAUGUGAUGAAGAUGGUAAGAAAGACAGUGUGAAUGAAAAUGAGAGUCAUGACUCUAAGCAAGGAACGUCUGAAAGUCCAGUAGAAAGCAAACAUCAAGAGAUGCAGGAAGAAUUACAAAGCUCUGUGCUUCAAGAAGAGGCGUUAGCAAUUCCAGAAAGUGAACUAGUUUCUUGUGAUCAGAAGCCGGAGGUUAGCAAUUCCAGAGGCGUUGAAAGAUUGAUUGAAGAGGGUGUUCCUGAACAUCUAGUAUCAGAUUCUCCGAAACUUCAACAGGGUGUUCUUGAGUCAGAUAAUAUUGAACAGUGUAACAGAUAUGAUGAAGAUGCUAAGAAAGACGGUAUGAGUGAAAAUGAGAGUCAUGAUUCUAAACAAGGAACUUCUGAAAGUCCAGUUGAAAGUGCACAUCAAGAGCUGGAGCAAGAAUUGCGAAGCUCUGAGCUUCAAGAAGAGGUAUCCUCAGUCCCAGGGAAUGAACUAGUUUCUGGUGAUCAGAAGCCUGAGGUAGAAUCUGAAGGAUCAAUUAAAGAGGAUAUGCCUGAACAAGUAGCAUCGGAUAAUAAUGAUAACAAAUGUGAUGAAGAUGCUAGGCAAGACUUAAAUGAAAAUGAGUCAUGACCCUAGGCAAGGAAUGUAUGAGAGUCCAGUAAAAAUUAGAAUGAUUAGCUGAGGACUAUAGAGAAUGAAGUAUUUGUCAAUUGCAAUUAUUACUCCAAUUCCAUGUAAACCACAUAUCUACCGUUAGUAUUUAGAGCCAUUAUCCCAUGCCAUCCAAUUAUAUGUGUUGAAUCUAGUUUUGUAUUAUAAGCCUCAGAUUGACUUGUCAGGUUAUUUGUUUUGUUCGUAUAUCGGGUUCCGGAUUUCCAUUGCAAAUAGCUUGAUUACAUUCAACUUCGAUUUAUAAUUUGUUUGCUGAAUUGAAUGAUGGAUGGCCAUCUAUUUACAAAUUAUAAACUUAAGUUUUAUUGUCACUAA